AUGGGUUGUUGUGCCAGUGCUGCCAGCCAAAUUUCUUUGCCUACAAAUCAUAAGCCUAAUCAAUAGAAAAAUUCUAGAGAGUAAACAUAAACAAAUGAAGGUAAAGAGAAAUAAUAACUGUAAAUGCAAAAAAAUCAAGAUGAUUAAGAUUAAGAAAUCUUUAUUGAAAAUUAAUAGUAAUUUUAAACAGAUUAGAAAGAUUCUGGAAGUAUUCCUUUAAAGUAAACUUCACCUAAAGGAAGCUAAAUGUAGAAAUUAUAUAAUUAUCAUCUUAGACCAUAAAAUCCAUAUGAGUAUUAAGAAGAAUAAAUAGAGGAAUAAAUGAUAAAAUCUAAGAAGUAAAAUGGAAAUGAAAAAAAAGAUUUUAAUGAACCAAUUACAAGUAUUAUUAUUUUUAAUUAUUUAGAAGUAAGUUUAGAGGCUAAAAGAAUUAGAAAGUUUGUAUAAAAAUAGAGAUAACUUAAAUCAUUAUAAUAAUAAUAAAAUGAUAGUGAAUAAAUGUUUAUUAUUGAAGAAGUGGAAAGAUAAAUUAACAAUAAACAAUUAACAUUAGAUUCAUUAGAUGUAAGUAAAUUUUUAAUACAUUUAAGGAAAUUUGCCAAAAAUAUAAUAAACCUUUGAUAGAAGUCUUAUCUUUAAUUAAUUAAUAAAAUUAUUACAUAAUUGAAUUAAUACUAAUUUACAUUAAUGAUUAUGAAAUAAUUCAACAUAUCUUACUCAAUCAUAUAUUACCAGAAGGAUAAAUAUUAUAAGCAACAGCUCUUAGAUUGAUAAAUAAAAUGAAACCAUUUUAUAAUACCAAGGAAUAAUUAUAAUAAACAAUAUUAUUCAUUUAAUCAAUCUUUGAUUCUACAGAAGUAAUACGUAUAUUAAAUCAAUUGGAAUUUAACAAUAUUGAUUCAUAUAUAGAUAUGAAGGAUUAAGAUUAAUUGAAAUUAUUUGGAUUGAUUAGCAAGCUUUUUUAAAAAAGUGAAAUUUAAAAUAAAAAAUUUAUAGAAUAAUAUAAAGUAGCUAAAAAGAAUUUUAAAUUUUAAAAUUUGAUUGUUCCUAAAUCUAUACCAUUAGGAUAUAAUAAUAUUAGAAUUAUUGAUAAGGCUGUUUUGGAACAUUUAGAAUUUAAUAUCUUUCAUUAAAUUGCACUCUAAAAUAAAUGGGAUUUAUUUAUGUAAUAUUCUAAUGAUUAUUAUUUAAUGCCAAACAUAUCAUAAGUAACUCCAAUGAUGAUGUUAUUUUAAAAUGCACCUUUUGAUGUCAUUAAUAAAUAUAUUACAUUAUAUUCAGAUACUUUAGAAAAGUCAUUACAUUUUUUUACACGUAAAGGAAAAAACUUAAUACAUUGUUUUUGUUUAAAUAAAUCUACAAAAUCUAUUGAUGAUAUUUAAUCCAUUAUUGAUAAACUAAAUUAAUAUUAAGAUUUAUUAAAAGAUUUAUUAAUUUAACCUUACAAUGAAUAAAUUCCAUUAGUUACUUAUUUGGAUUUUUGGAAAGAACCUUAAGACAUUUUGAUUACAUUUUUAAGUUAACAUUUAUAAAAAGAAUUUGAUUUUUAUUAAAUUUAUUUGGAUAUGCUACAAUCUGCAUUUAUGAGAAAUUAAAAAAAUUGGUAAAAUUAAAGAAUUAAUCCUAAUACAAAAUAUUUUUAUUCUAUGUAAAAUUAAAAAACACCAAAAAGAUUAAGAAUUAAAAAUUAUGAAGAAUAAGAUUAUUAAUUAUAUGAUAAGAUUUAUUAUUAAUAUAUUUAAGUUGCAAAACAAAUAAUAAAACAUAAAUUCAAAAUAAAUUUAAGUUGGAUUAAUAAUUUUGAUGUACAUUCAACUCAUUAUCCAUAUGAAUUUAGUGGAAUUGUUAGACCACUCCUUAUUCAAUUGGUUUAAUUAGAAUAAUAUGAUUUAGUUAAGAAAUAAGUUUAAUUAAUUAAACCAUUUUAUUAAAAAUAAUAAAUAGAAAAUAAUAAUGAAAUCAAUAUAUAAGCAUAAUACAUAUCAAAAUUAAUUUAAUUACUUAAAUUUACAUCAAAUCGAUCUCAAUUAACUCCUCUUAUUGAAGAUAUCAAAGAAAUAAUAAUCUCAAAUCCUUAAUUGUUAAAGAUACCUUUACAUGGAUAUUUUGAGGCAAAAUCUAAAUUGAAUAAUUCUAUAUUUGGAUAUAAUGAUACUAGGUCCAAAUAAUAAUUAUAUUAUUUUGAUUGUAUUUAUACCCAACUUAUAGAUUUAAAUGACAAAUCAUUUGAUUAAUGUUAUAAAAUUAAAGGUUUAUAAUUUAAAUAAAAUGAAUAAGUAUGUUUAUAAAUAAUACGUAAACUCUAUCUAAAUAAUAAACUAUUAUAAGUAGAUGAUGAAUUUAUAAAUGAAAUUUAUAGAAAUAUCACUUUUGUUGCUAAUUUUGAGUAAGAGAAUAUUGAUUCUAAUGAUGAUUAAAAGAAUGAUUCUAAUAAUAAUGAAAAGAAUGGAAGAAUCCAAUGGAAAAAAUCUACUGAACCUUCAAAACAAGUUAUAAAUGGUAAAAACUAUUAUAAAAUAAAUCAUACAGCAGGUUAAACAAGAGUGAUUUUAGUAUUGAAGACAUUUAAUAUUAAUGAUGGUCCAACUUAUAAUUUUAAGGAAUUCAUUUAAUUCUUGAAAAUUAAAGUUUUUAAUUAUAAUAUAAAGAAUGAAAGUAUGUUUGAUGUAAUAUGUAAUCUAAAUUAAGAAGAGAAUGUAUAAACAUUAAUUGAACUAUAUUUUAAUGAUAACUUUCGUAAUUUCCCAUAAGGUUUGCAUCUAUUAGAUGAUUAUUUUGAUGUUAGUGUUAAUUCUGAAAUUUGGUGUACUUCACUUUUCAUUUAUGCACAAAAUGUUAAAUUUGACUUUAAUUUUAUUCUAGAUGAUGAAAGGACUAUUAGUUAUACUAUAUUUAAAAUGAAUGAAAAUUAACUUGAAAAUAUAUAUAAUUGGGGAUUAGGUGGAAUGUUUUUAAAUUUAAUAAUUUCUCCAAAAGAAUAUCCUAUUCCAAAGAAUUAUAAAGAAAAAGCUGCUUUGUAUACUAUUUAGAAUCAUAAACCUUUUUUGGCCACAUUGAUAACAAUUAAAGAGUGUUAUGAUGAUUUAACAUAAAUAUAUCCUGAAAUAAAAAUAACUAAGGAUAUAGUUUAUAAAUUAUCAUUAAAGGACAUUGUAUAGAAUAAUUCAUUUUAGAGUUUAAAUUAUAUUUUAAAGUAUACAGAAACUACUAGAAUAGUUUUAGCAUCUAUUUUGGCUUAAAACUUUUUUCCUUUAAAUUAUAAUUUUAAGAAAAACAUGGAAGAAGUUGAAAAAUUUAAUAAUACUUUAGUAUAAUUGUUUGAUAAUUUAAAAUAUGAUGAAGAUUAUUCAAAAAGAAAAUUAAAUUUAUUAGAAAGUUGUCAUCUUUAUUCUGUGAUAAAUCUUAAAUCAUAUCAAAUACUUAAGCCAAGUUAAUAAUAUAUAAAAUUUAAUCAUUUUGUAAAAAUUGUGCUUUCUUGUAGUUAUAAGGAAGUGAAAAUGGCAUUAUUAAAUGAUAUGCCAGAUGAUAUAUUAAAAUAUCUUAAGACUUCAUUAAAUAAAAUAUGUUGUAAGGAUUAAGAAAUGAUUAUUCCAAUGAUUAAAAGAAUUUAGCUAUUAAAUUAAAAUGAUGGAACAUUGAUUUAUAUCAAAACAAUAUUAUCAUUGCUUUUCAAUUAAAAUCCAUCUAAAGCUAUUGAUAUAUUAUUAGAAAUUCUUGAUAAAAAAGAAUUGAGAUAUAGAAUACAAUUUAUUUAACAUUUAUAUACAAAAGCAUUUUGGAAUAAAGAUUAAGAAACAUUAAAUAGAUUAUUGGGAUAUUUGGACAAAGAUCCAGAAAAAAAUACAUAUAAAAUGAGUUUUCUAUUAAGAAAUUUAUUUAGUAUUGAUACUGAAUAUAAUAAUUAUAUUUUAGCUUUAAAAUAUCAUCCAUGUUUAGUAUUGAAUACACAAUAAUAUCAAAAAUAUUUAAAAUAAAAUAAUUUUGGAAAAUUGAAAUUAGGAUUAGAUUAUCAGUUAUGUUUAAGAGAAGGUUUGCAUGAAAAGAUUGAAAUAUUAAAUUAAUUAAUUGGUCCAUUUGAUUAAAUUAAAGAUAAUUAGACUUUUUGUGAAUUCAUUGCUACAGUUUUAAUAGAAGCUAAAGUUUAACCAUAUAAUGAAUCUUUAAAAGAUAAUUAGGUAGAUUUUUUAACUGCAUAAUUACGAAGUUUAAAUGAAAUGGAUAGAUUUUAAUUUUUGAGUUAUGUUUAACCAUAUACUUUAGAGAGAAAAUAAUUAAAAUAAAAGAAUUCAUUAUAAUAAAUAAUAAAUAAGGCAUAAGAAUAAUUUGAAUAAUCAAAGAAAAUAAUUAAUCAUCCAAUUAAAAAACUUGAAUAAAUAAAUAAAUUAGAAGCAUAAUUAAUUUAUAAAUAAAAUUAAGCAUAUUCAAAAUAAAAUUAAAAUUAUUCUUGUUUAUUUUAAUCAAGUUAGAAUUCAUAAUCAUAAAAUUAUGAGAAAUGUUUUGAACUUGUUUAAAAAUGGGCUAAUUAAAAAGUUAUGAUUUCAAAAUCUCCAUUUUAUGAAUUAAUGUAUGCUCUUAGAUAUCCAAAUAAAUAAUAAGUUUAAUAAAAAGAAUAAUUAGUUGAAAUGUUGAUUAAACAUUUUUUAUUAAAAAAAACUGGACCUAAUUUUUUAAAGUAUAAAUCAAAAGAAUAUAUUGAAUUAUUGAAAGCUAAUUGUUCAACAUCAAUUAAUAAAUAUAUGAAAUAUAGUAUUAAAUAAAUAAGACCUUAAAUGCAAGAAAUCUUUGUAUCUGAAUUAAUAUGUGAAGAUUAGAAAUAUGAUCCUAGCAAUGAUGAUUUGGAUUAUAUCAUAAUGACUAUGAAAUAUUAGAAUAUUAAAUUAGUACCAAUAUUGAAAAAGAAAUAUAAAGGAUUAUUAGAAAUAAAAUUUAAUAAAGCAACUUUAUUUUAUGCUAAAAAUGAAGUAAAUCUAUUACCACUUUCUUAAUAUGAUGUUUCAUGUAAAAAAUUUGAAAAAAGAAUGUAAUUCUAUUGUAGAUUUAUAAGUGGAGUUGGAGCAAAUUUAAAAAAAUUAACACCUGAUUAAGUAUUUUUAGUUUUUGGUCAACAUAAUCAUAUCUUAUAGAAACCAUAAUUUAGUUAUGAAAAUUUAAUACUAGCUCUUAUAAGUGGAAAUAUGGAAACUAUUUUAUUUAUAAUUUAACUUCAUUAACAACCAAAUAAACUUGUUUAUGAAUAGAAUUUAUUUUAAUUAAUUAUUUUAGGAAAUUUUAGUGAUAAUCUUGUUAUAAAAUUCUUUAAUAAAUAUAUUAAAGAUUAUGUAAAAUAAACAAAUAGAAUAUUCUAAUUUGAUAAUUAACCUAUUUUAUAUUAUUUAAUGCUUAUGAAAAGAUAAAAAUUAUUUGAAGAUAUUUAUUUAUAAUUUAUGAUUUAAAUUCAUGGAGAAUAAAAAGCUUUAUAAAUUUUAAAAGAUGAAUUAUUAAUUGUUAUAGGUGGCAAUAAUAAUUAAGAUAUAUUAGGUUUAGCAUUAAUGAGAAAAAACUAUUUUAUAUUAAAUUAUUGUACAAAUAUCAUAAAUAAGGAACAUUUAAAAUUCAUCUAACAUUUUGAUAUUAAUUAUUUCAAAUCAAUCAAACCUUAAAAUAAUAAUACUCCUUAUUCUAAAUUUAUUGAAUUAUACUAAAAAUAUCUUCCUUUAUGUUGUAUUGAAUUGAAAUUUAAAUAAUUUGAUAAAAUGAGAGUUUAAUUAUCAAAUGGAGUAUUUAGUAUUAAAAAUAAUAAAUAAAUCAAUGUAAGAGAAUAAUAAAUAAAUUAACUUAUAUAAUAUGAAUAAGCUUGUAUCAAUUAUAUAUUUAAUUUGAAAGAAAUUUAUUAAUUUCACAACAAAUCUUUAUCUAUUUAGAUGGCUUUAGAUAAAUGGACUAUGAUAGCUUAAUAUUAAUUUGAUCCCAUUCUUCUACAAUAAAUCUUAUAACAAUAUAAAUAAUCUGAUGGAUCUUAUAAUAUCAAAGUAGAAGAAUAUUAAAUGAUUCUUGAAUAAUGUUAAAAACAUAGAAUAUAUUAACAUCCAAUUUUUGAUGAACUUGCUGUUAUAAAUCCUAAAUUAUUCAUUUAAAUUACAAAUCCAAUGAUUCUUAAUAUUUCAUCAGUUAUUGUUGUAAAUCAAACUUUGUAUUAAACUCCUGAAUUGAUUAAUUAUAUAGAAUUCCACUAUAAUCAAUAUAUGGAAUAAAUUAAAUAACAAUAAAAAAAGAGAAAUUAUCUUCAAAAUAAAAAGAAAAAGUAAUAGAAACUCCUUGAAAAAUAAGCGAAAAGCUAAAAUGAACAGUAAAUUGUAUAAGUAGAAGAAGAAUAGGAAAAUCUAUAAGGUGAAGAAGAUUAAGAGGGAAAUCUAUAAGGUGAAGAAGAGAAAAAUAUAUAAUAAUAAGAAGAUAUUCAAUAAUAAUCAGAAGAUAUUCAAUAAGAAGAUUAAAACAUAUCAUAAGAUAAAAAAACAUAAGAUUUGAAUUAAGAAAAUUUGUAAAAUGACUCUGAAAUGUGUGAUGAGGAAUAAGAAAGGGAAGAAGAUGAUUAAAGAGAUAUACUUAGUAAAAAUAAUGAGAUGCAAAAGAAUAUUCUUUAUGCCUUUUAUUUAUUACUGUGUAUCUAAUAGGAUCAAUAUUAAGGAUGGCUUUCAAAGUAAUAAUAAUUAAAGGUUAUUGUGGAAAUGUAUUAAAUUUUAUUAAAAAAUAAAUUGAAAGUCAAAUAGCAAAAACCAUUUAUUACUGAAAAUAGUAAGAUAUUCAUAUUGUCAUAAUUAAAUAAGGAUUAUAAAUUUAAAGACUUUUCUUAUUUUGAAUAAAUUUUAGAAAAGGAGGAUUCCAGAGAAUUAGCAAUUUUAAGAGGAAUAAUGUAUAUUUAAUAAAUUAAUGAAAUCAUAAAAGGGUUUAUUGACAGAUUGAAAGAAGAGAUUACAACAAUGAAUAAUUUUAAGAAAAAUGUAUUUCUUGUAUUUGGAAAAGAGUAGAUAUCUUAUGAAGAAGAUGGUUUUACUAUUCCUCUAUAAUAUGGUGAUAAAUCAUUUUACUUAUCUGAAGAGAGUAUUGCAUAAGCUAUUCCAUAAUUAAAGAUAGCAAAUUAUUAAAUGAAUAUAGAUGUAGAAUUGGUACUAUAUCAAGAAAUUUAAGAGAAUUGGAAGAAUUUUGAUUUUAGUUCAAUUACAACAGUUGAUUUUAAUGAAAUCAUUAUAAAUUCAAAGGAGAAUGUUUUAGAGAAAUGUUUAUUUUUUAAGAAUCUAAUGGAAUAAUAAUUUGAUAAGGUAGGAAUUUAUUAAAUAGAUGAUGUAUUUGCUCCUCAUUAACAUGAAUAAAUUAGAUAAACUGAUAUGCAAUUAUUUUAAACAUAGGGACAACCUCCUUCUUUAAUACAUUAGAGUCAGAGUCAAAUGGGUUUAUCAUAAGGUAAUUAGAUGCAAAGAUAAUCAACAAUAAAUCAAUAAUAAAUAAUGAAGGAAGAUUUUCAAUUUAUGUUUGAGCUAUUACCUGAUAAUACUUAUUAAGUUAGAUAAUAAAAGAAAUAAAAGAAUUAGAAAGAAUUAAUAUUUGCUGAAUUUUAUCAUUUCAUUCAACCAUAAGUAGUAAUUAAUUUAAUAAAAUUAACAGAAGAAGAAUUCAUUGCUAAUUAUAAUGGUAAUGCUGUAAUUUCAAUGAUAAUAUAAGAUUUUUAUAAAUAUAAUGAAUAUUUAAGUAGUUUAAUAGAAUAAAAAUAAUAAUAAGAAUGGAGAUUAGAAUUUCCAUUUUAUAUAAAAAAUCAACAUUUUAUAUUUUAAGAUUAAUUGUUUUCAACAUAUAAUAUUUAGAUGAUAUUUACAAAAUUGGUAGGAUUUAUAGAAAAAGUAUAAUAAUUAUUGGGUAGAAGUGAAGAUUAAAGUAAAUUGGUAUGGAGAAUAAAUACAAUAUCAUUUUUAGAAGUAAUAAUAAGUAAAUUAGUUGAAUUGUAAUAAGCUACAAAUAAAAUAAUUAAUAUAUAUUCAAUAAUUGAAUAAGUAUUUAGUUGGGAUACAUUAAUCAUGAUUUUACAUUAAUUACUCUAUAAUAAUUUGAUAAAAGCAUAGCAAGUAUUAAAAGUUAUUAGAGGGGUUUAUGUUGAAUUUAAUGAAUAAUAAGGGAUUUAAUUUGUAUAGAGUGAUUAAAAGAAAGGAUUAGAUAAAAUUUUCUAAUUUGGAAAUACUACUUAUCUUCUUUACAAUCAUAUAUUAAUUAUUAGAUUGAAUAUAGGGAUAUGCAAUUAAAAAGAAUAAAUAAUUAAAUAAGAUUAAUAAAUAACUUAAAUUUAAAAAAGUAGUAGAAGUGUAUUUAAACCAGAUCCAAUGAUAUAAGAAUAUUUCCACAGUAUCAUAAAUGAAUAUGAUUUUUAUAAUUAAAUAUUCAAUCCAGAAUAAUUAGUGUAAUACUUAUUCAAUAAAUUGGAUAUUGAUAGACAUUUAUUAAAAUAUUCAAAUCAAUUAAGUAAAAUUCUUAAUAAAACUAUAACUUUAUCAGUUGAUCAUUAAUCAUUAGCUUCAAUCUUUUCAAGUGAAAUCUAUAAAAUUAGUCAAAAUAAGAAUAGUAAAAGUAGAUUAAAAGAAAUGGAAUAAAUUUGGUAUAUUUUAUUAAAAUUAAAUAAAUAUUUUAAAGAAGAUUUGUAUAAUUAUUUAUAAAGAUAAUUGAAAGCUGAAAGAUUUGAUGAAAUGUUUAAUAUUAGAUUAUCAUGUUUAUUAUCUGCAUUAAGAUAAAAUCAAUCAUUAAUGAAUAUUAUUGUAUCUAAUACUAGAUAAUUAUAAUUAAAAUAGAAAUCUAAAAUAUUAUAAAGAUUAUGUUAUGUUACUCAAAAAAGUAAUAUAAAAUUAUCAUAUCAUUUUGGAUUUUAGAUUUCUAAAAAUUAUUAUGUAAAUAAUAGUAAAUUAGGAGAUGUUUGUAUGAUAGUUUAUUGUGAAAAUCAAAAAAAUAAUUUAGUAGCAUGUUAAUUAGUUUACAAUUCUAAACCUGGACAUUUUUUAUUUUCUUAAUUAGAUUAUAUGAAUGAAGAACUAUUAACACAUGAUCGAAUAACAAGAAAUCAAGCUCAAUAUACUGGAUAUACAUAUUCUCAUAAUGAACUCAGAUAUGUACAAAUUGAAGACUUAAUGUCAAUAGUAUUAUUCCAACCAAUUUGGCCAUCAGAUCCUGUUUUCAACUAAUCAAUAUUAAAUGUAUUUUUCACUGAUUAAGAUGGUAAUAUUUCAAUAUGUAAUGAACAAAAAUUCUUGACUCUUAUGAGUCAAAUUUAAUGUGAAUAAGAUGAAUUCAGUAAAUAAGAGAUGCUUGAUAAUCUGUUUGGAAAUGGUCUUGUUUCUUCUUAUAGUGAUUUAAGUCUAACUUAAUUGACACCUAUUUUUCCAGAUUAAAUUAAUUUUGAUUUUGCUGCUAUUCAUUAGUUGAAAAAACAAUAAUCUUUAGUUUAAGGAUAAAAUGUUUUUGUUAGAAUUAAUGGAGAUAAAUUUAAACUUGAUUAAAUUGAGAUUGCAUCUGUUAGUAUGGCAUGUCAUUUUGAAACUAAUAUUAUAGCUCAAUAAGCAUAGAAAAACUUCAUUAAAUUCCUUAAAGAACAUACUGAAUUAUCAAACAUUUACUUACAUUUUGAUGACUAAUUGAAUUAAAAUCCAGAAUAUUAUUUAGAUUGUUUUCUUGUUGGUGGAACUAUAUUCGAAGCCUUUUAAUAUGGUUAUUAAACAUUUAAGGAUGGAUACACAUAUCCAAAAAUGAAUAAUUCAUUAUAGUUUCUAUUUGAAAUUUAAUCAAUUUUAACAAUCAAAAUCAAUUUCAUUAAGACAUUUAUUGAAAAAGUUGAAUUUAUAUUUGAAAAAAGCUAUGAAAAUUAAAAAUAAUUAAUUCAAUAUGAGAAUAGAACAUUAAAAUGUUAUACUCUUAUAGAUGAAAAUGAUAAUAUUUAAGUACCAGACUCAGGUUAAAUUGCAUAAUUUUUAUUUAAUUUAAUUUUGAAAUUUUAAUUGAAUAAGAUGAAUUCAUAUUUCACAGAUGAAAAUUUAAAUAUAGUUGAAGUUGGAGAAAUAUAAAUAGAAAAUAUUAAAACAGUUGUUGAUAUAAUUUUAUUGGCAAAAUAUCUAUUUAAAUUAUUGAAAUUAGAUGAUGAGAAUAUUAAAUUAAAUAUUUCUAUAUUAUCAUAGAAAGAAAUUAAAACUUAAUUUAAAAAUACAAUCUAUUAAUUUAUUGAUGAUGGAUCUCAUUUAAUAAUUAAUUAUGAAACAUUCAGUGAUUUUAAUAUCUGUGAUUUCUUCUUAGAUUAUCUUAACAAUAAAUAAUUUUAUAUUAGUAAUAGGUAUAAUGAUAAAAUCAAAUAUGAUGGACCAGAAAUUAUAUUAGAAAGAUUAGAAUUAAAUCCUAUAAAAUUAUUAAGUGGUAUUGAAGAUAAUCAAAAUAUUGAAUUAUUAAUCUAUAAUUUAAAUAAAGGGAAAUUAUUAAAUUUAGAUGUAAUAGAUCCUAAUUAAUUUGAUUAACUCUACUUAAUAUUUAAAAUAGAUGGAAUUUAUUAGAAAUUUUAAGCAGUUAAAUGUUGUACUUAUAAACUAUUAAGUGGUUAUUUCAAAUAAACUUCAUAUGAAUAAAAUAUUAGCAAUUCUUUGUUUUUAUUAAUAUUAGAUUUAGAAUCUAAUAAACCAUUAGAACCUUAAUUAGCCAAAAUAGAUGUUUAAUAAACUAAAGAAAGAACCAAUCUUAUGAAUUUAAUUAAGAAGGAAAAAAAGAAAGAACAAUUAUAAGUUUCUUAUAAAUUUAUAACUAAUAAAUCAUUAUUGGUCGAAUUUUUUAGUGAUAAAAUAUUAACGAUGAAAUUAAGUGUUUCUUAAUCACUUAGAAUAUCUAUGAUCUAAAAAGAUAUAGUAAAUUAAUUAACAUUCGAGUACACUACAUAAAACACUUAAGAUUUGAGUAAAACUACUCAUGGAAAAGUAUUAAUCUAUGGAGUUGAGAAAGUGAUUGAAGUUGAAUAAGAGGAGUAAGUACCUUUUGGUAUUGGAGAUGCCAAAAUGAUGAAAAUUUUAUUAAAGAAAUCAAAUUAAAAAAUGGAUGAAAUACUGUUCCAUAAAUAAUGUGAACCAAUAAUACAUUCUAAAGAUUUACAACUUAGCAAUACAAUUAAUAUGCUAAGUAAAUAAGAACUUCAAGCAGCAUCUAGAGCUGGAGAAGAAAGAAUAGAUUAUCUAGAGUUUAAAGAUAAUUUAGGAAAUCGAAUCAAUAAUUUUUCAUAUUCUUCUUUAGUUUUUGUGCAUUCCUUAUUUAAUUAGAUUCAAUAUGUUCCUUAAUAAGAACAUAAAGAUUAUGGAUUAAAUUUAAUUUGGACUCCAAUUUUCAAAGGAGUCUAUAAACUGUAUAUUGAUGAUGUUAGAAUUAAAGGUAGAUUUAUUAUAUUGGCUAAUACACCUAGUCUAUAAGAAAGUGAAAUAGAAAUUCCUUAAGAAUUACAAACAAUACCAUUUUAUGAAGAUAUUCCAUUUACAUUUUAAUUAAGGGAUUCAUACUCAAAUAUAUAUGGUGAUAUUGAAUAUGAUAUUUAUUUGGAUUGUAAAUGUGAAAUAGUUUGUCCUAAAGGUGUUACCUUGUAAGUUAAUUUCUAAAACUUAACUAAAAGUGGAUCCAUUAAUGCAAAAGCUCAUUUCGUUCCUGAUAAUGUAGAGGCAAAUGAACUAUUAACUGAAAUAUUGAUUUUAAUAAAUAAGGAAAUUAAAAAAGGUAUGAUUAUAUAAUUUUAUUUUUAAAAGUAAAACCAAUUAAGAUUUCAGGAGUAUGUUUAGAAAAAAGAAGAAAGAAAUUUGAAGCUGAAUUAGAAAAAAGUUUCAAAAGAACUGAAUAUUCAUUAGUAAUUAGAAGAUUGAAUUUCUUAAAAGAUUUAUUAGAUUUAGCAGAUAAAAAAAUGAAUUAUAAUUUUAGUAUUAAGUUUUAAGAUGAACCUGGUAUUGAUGCUGGAGGACUUAAAAGAGAAUUUUAUGAUAUGAUAGGUAACACUCUAAAAGAUGAUACAUAUAAAUUCUUCUAGCCUGUUCAAGGUAAUCUUGGAAAAUAUUUUCUACAUAGUAGUUUUAACAAAAUAAAAAAUAAAAAAGAAUAUGCUUUAUUAUUUGGAAAGGUAUAAUUCAUUUAUAAAUUUAUAGUUAAUUGCUAAUUCAAUUGCCAAUGGCUAUUUAAUUGGUAUUGAUAUAAUAAGUCCAUUUUGGAAGGUUGUCUAUGAUGAAAAGAUAGUUUUUGAAGAUCUUAUUUUAAUAUGGGAUAAAUAGACAUACUCCAAUUAUGCUAAUCUAAGAGACAUGAAUCCUGAAACUAUUGAAUCUCUCUAUUUAGAUUUCACUUAUUAAUUAGGCAAUUCUACUAUUGAAUUAAUUCCUAAUGGAUCUGCUAUGCCAGUUACAUAACAUAAUGUGGAUUAGUAUUUAGACAAAACCGCUGAAUACAUUAUUUACAAAUAAUUCCAAGAAAUAUAUAAAUCAUUUAUUGAAGGCUUUACAACUGUUGUUGAUUUAAAGGUAUUUUACAUUCUAAUUGGUUUAAGAUUUUCUAAAAGUGGUUGAAACCUUCUGAGAUAUCAUUGUUAACUUAAGGAUUAUUAGAAAUUAAGCCAGAUGUAGUGUUAUAAAAAAUAUCAUAUUCUGGAGGUAAGGCAAGUCACAAAUCUUACUUUGAAACUUAUGUUAAUCAAGCAGAUUCAUAAACAUUAAAGAACAUGUUAAAAUUCAUUACUGGUAUUAUUUUUAUCAAUCUUAUUUUAGGUUCCUCUGCUAUUCCAUUUGAUUAAAGUUCUUAUAUAAUAUCAGUUGAAUUCAAGAAUAAUUUGGAUAUAAGAAAAUUGCCUCUAGCUCAUACAUGCUUUAAAUCUAUUGAAGUUCCAUUAUAUGCAAAUUAUGGAUAAAUGAAAUAAAAAUUAGAUAUUGCUUUUACUAUUGGUUUAGAAGGAUAUGGAUUUGGUUGA